CCAACGUUCCCGUGCAAGACUAAACAGGCAAUGCACGAUAUCGGGAGCACCGUGGUGUUGUCUGCUGUGACACAGGACUAAAAUCUAACGAAAUAUCCCCUGGUGCAGACGAAUAGUCCAAAUGCCUCACGUAAUGCAGGCGUCACAUCGAGUUACCAUAGAAACAGACUCAAACAGGACACUCAGCUUCAAGGAGAGGGUACGACGCCAUUUUGCCAAAGGACACCCUAAAGAUGACAAAGUGAAAUACCUGACCCGAGCAAUGUUUGCUUUUCAAGCCAUAACUCAACUUUACGUAUCUCUCAAGUACCUCGUCCCCCACAUAUUUCAAGAUUAUGACCCCUGGACCCAGUAUUACAUCAAGGUGGGCGUCUGUUACCUCUGCAUUAACGCCGUGGUCAACUGGCUCUGCGUCAUGUUGUACGACACGUCGUUUCGAAGGACAAAAGAUCGUCCCGAAUACAACGUGGAGGCAGUGUGCGAGAACAACCCGGAUCAUUUUGUAGGAAGAAUCGCAAAUCAGGACAAAAAUGGCAAUAUACCCAACAGUUCCCAAACGGAUGACUGGUCGUCCUGGGUGUAUUGUAUUACGUGCCAAAUGAACAUUCCGCCACGGGCCCACCACUGUGACUACUGCAAGAAGUGUAUUAUCAAACGAGACCACCACUGUUUCAUGGUGGGGACCUGUAUUGGGUUUAAAAACCAGCGUUAUUUUAUAAUCCUUGCGUUCUACUCAACCAUUAUAGGCCUUUUGGCAGGUUAUUUUACAGGAAAGUAUUUGUACGACGUAUUUGUACCUACUUCCUGUGUCUCUGACUUCUUUCUUCCUGUGACGUUUUACAGAAUGCUCUUUGGUAAUAUUGACCUUCAGACCUUUCUGCUCAUCUACCAUUCCCAUCUAUUAGUUCCAAUGGGUUGUAUUGCGUCCAUUUAUUUCGUAAGUCAAAUGAUAAUUGUUUCUCAAGGUGUUACGCUUUAUGAAAUCGCUAAAAAGGUGGAUGUCAAGUGCACUCGGCCCGUCAAUGAAAACUUUCGAAGCGUUUUCGGAGACUUUUGGGGACUAAAUUUCCUAUUUCCUGCGCAGAUCAUUUUUCGUCAGAGAGAAGAUGGGAAAUCCUGGGAUGGCAUAAAAAUCAUGAAAAGAAGAAAGGUGGCGAAAUCUUGAUUUUAUAGUGCUGAGAGAGAGAGAGAGAGAGAGAGAGAGAGAGAGAGAGAGAGAGAGAGAGAGAGAGAGAG